AUGGAAGAAGUAAAAAUGCAGGAAUACAACCUGUACUGGGAAAUGCGAAUGAAAAAGGUGAUCAUGUUCGGAAAGAACGGCCUCUGGGAGGAAGCGAGGCGGGCCUUCAACAUCCCCCAGGAACAAGGCAUCGACAUCCAGGUGAAAGACCCCAAGUCAGGCGAGAGGAUUCUCGUCCGUGCACCGAAAGAUGUUCCAGAUGGCCCGGCGAAACUGGACUGGACCACUUCGGGAUCCCCAGACGAAGCAGCAUUCAACUCAAUCUCCGACGAAGAGUCUGAUUUUGGGAAGAGUCAAACGAAGGGAAUCACUGCUUACACGAUCCAUCCAACGGUGUGCUCCACCGAUUUCCCCUAUGCACUCACCAUCAUCGACACACCGGGAUUCGGCGAUACGGAGGGAAUCGGGGCAGAUCAAGACACGAUCCAGAAGGUGAAGGCCUUCUUCUCCAAGGAUGGCGUCGAGGGCCUGGACUGCGUCCAUGCCAUAGGGAUGGUCAUUAAGGCUAGUGCCAACCGAGUCACGGCACCUCAGGAAUACGUCCUUCAAACCAUUCUGUCCCUUUUCGGUAACGACGUCGGUCUGAUAUUCCACUUCCUCAUCACGUUUGCCGAUGGCACGACCCCGCCAGUCCUCAGGAUAAUAGAGAAUAAAAACUUACCGGUUAGCAAGACGCACCACCUCUUCAACUGCGGUGCCCUCUACGUCAACAAUCGAGAUGAUGCUAGUGGAGUUAGCAAGCUCUUUUGGGAUUUGGCAACAAAUGGCAUCGAUGAAUUUUUGAUAUUUCUACAGGACUCGAAACCGGUCAGUCUUCGUUUGACCAAGGACGUUCUCUGCGAAAGGGAGAGGAUGGACGACCUCGUUCAAAAGCUCAUGCUUCAAGUCCGCAAGGGACUGGAAGGAUUGGAAGCCAUCAGACACGAAUACAAGAACACCAAACGGAAUCGUCGGAAGCACCUGAAGAAGCCGCUGGAGAUUUUGGCGAGGGACUUUGCGAAGAAGCAAGUAGAAGUGAUGUGUUUGAUCUCUCAGGCUCACGAGUGCCAGCAACGCCUGGAUAAGAUUGCACUGAGGCCUGACCCCUUGUCCCUGGUUAAAUACGUAGACAUGUUGAUCAUGGUUGAGGUAAACAGCAGUGACUCCAACUCCGACCAACGGGUGAAAGCUCUCAGGCAGGUCCGGGAAGGAGCUCAGUGGAUGAGCGACAUCCGGGAGAAAGGGAAACAAUUCCGGCCUUUUGAGGAGACUUUAAAAUCCUUGGAAGAUGAGGGACUGAAGGUGAAGAUCGGAAAUCAGGACAGUGAUGCAUGUGAACUGGAAUUCCUCGAUAGCAAGAGAGGAUUCCUGCAAACCUUGAAGAACUUCUUCUUCGGAGGAGGAGGGCGGGACUAGUCCUGAUAAUGUCUCUGUCAUUGAUGUGAUCACGGCAUUCUAACAUAUUCAAGUUUACAGAUAUAUGCAUAUUUAUAUAAAUUUCUAUUUGCUUAUUCAUCUUGUAAGAAACAUUGCUAACAAGGUCUUGUGACG